AUGCAGGUGAACACAACUGAAAAGCCAGUUCUUUCAGUUGAUGGCACCGAGACGCUCUCCUGUUGCGACUAUCAUUCUGAAGGCGAAGCAACAGGUCGUGCGCGUUUGCAAUGCCUACAUCCAAAGAAAAAGGCACAGGUGGUGAGGUCGUCCAGCACUGGAAACCGACACUCGUCGUCUGAACGUAAACCACGGCGAUCUCUGGAACCCUUCUCCGCGUCACAGCCCCAUCAAUCAAAGCUUAUGAGAUAUAGGAGUAAAAAUGACGAUCUGGUCACCAUUAAGCCCAAUCAUUACCGGCGCAUAGUGGUGCUUGGCGCACCCAGAGUGGGUAAAACGGCAGUCAUCCGGCGUUUCUUGGGUGAUGGAUUCCAGGAACAUUACGAGCCAACGACAGAAGACUUUCACAGCAAACUGUACCACAUCCGAGGAGAGAGAUAUCAGCUAGAUAUCCUGGACGCGUCCAAAGAAAGAGACUUUCCUGCCAAACGAAGACUCUCUAUUCUGACAGGUGAUAUCUUCCUCCUCGUGUUCAGCGUGACCGACAAAGAGUCUUUCGACGAGGUGUGCUUGUUACGCGAGGAGAUUUACGAUGCCAAAUCCAAGCUGGCGAAAUCCAAAGAAAACAGACAGCUCCCUAUUAUCAUAUGCGGCAAUAAGUCUGAUUUAAAUGCCUCAAGAGCUGUGCAACAGUCCGAUGUCCGCCAGUGUCUCGGGGAGGACAGUGUCCUGUUUGAGGUGUCCGCUAAAGACUGCACCAAACUGGAGGAGAUGUUCGGGGCUCUGGCGGUGCUGGGAGGACUCCCCGCAGAAACCAGACCCUCUCUCCACCGGGACAUCUCCAUCCACACGUAUCAGGCGCUGAGCAACAGGAAGAGAAACAAAAGAGCCAUUCGGGCGCUGGCGAUAGAUGAGCCGUGUGGGGCCGUGCAACCGUUUGCCCGCAGACCGAGUUUCGACAGUGAUCUGCGGCGCGUGAUGGGGGAAACCACACCGAAACGAAGUACGCCUAUUGAGAGGUGUCAAAUACAGUAA